ACCACUGUUUACCGCGAACAGCUUGAGACGAGGCAAACAGCUGCGUGGAUUCAGCCUUUCUCUUAUCUACGGCUCAACAUACAUACAAGACGAGGAAUGGAAAAUGUACAGACAUCGCACCGUGAAUGAAUAUGACAGAAAUGAGGAAAAACCCUCGCGCAAGACCCAGAGAAAUCUAGCAUUUUCUUUCCUGACAGCUCGUUCACAAAAGACCAGAGCGAAGGAAUGCAGAGCGAUGCUUUGAACUUGAAAGACCAUCAACGCUUCGUUUGCAAGAACCAAGGCAGAAUUUGCUGGGUAAACAUGCAGAGGAUGAAAAACAGGCAGACAUCCUUGUGAGUGUUUCUGAAUCGCUGCUUUCGCACCUUUAUCUGGCACCGUCUGCAGAAACUUCCACAAUGGCUCUGGUCAUGGAACCUGUAAGCAGGUGGUCAACAAGCCAGGUGGUCGACUGGAUGAAAGGCUUGGAUGACUGUCUGCAGCAGUACAUUAAGAACUUUGAGCAGGAGAAGGUUGGCGGUGAGCAGCUGUUGAGAAUCACACAUCAGGAGCUGGAGGAUCUGGGCGUUUCUCGAAUCGGCCACCAGGAGCUCAUUCUGGAGGCCGUGGACCUGUUGUGUGCGCUGAACUAUGGAUUAGAGACGGAGAACCUGAAGACUUUGACCCAUAAGCUGAACGCUUCAGCCAAGAACCUGCAGAACUUCAUAACAGGCCGGCGGAGGGGUGGACACUAUGAUGGCAGAGCCACCCGAAAACUUCCUAAUGACUUCCUGACUUCUGUCGUGGACCUCAUCGCUGCCGCCAAGAGUCUGCUGGCAUGGCUGGAUAGGUCUCCGUUCGCUGCCGUAGCCGACUACUCCAUGACCAGGAAUAAUGUGAUUCAGCUGUGUCUGGAGCUCACCACAAUAGUUCAGCAGGACGGCACAGUGUAUGAGACCGAGAAUAAGAUACUGCAUGUGUGUAAGACACUUUCAGGAGUGUGUGACCACAUCAUUGCCCUCUCUUCGGACCCCAUGGUGUCCCAGGCUGCACAUCUGGAGGUGGUACAGCUCGAUAACAUAAGGUCCACUGAGGGACUGGGCAUGUACAUCAAAUCAACCUACGAUGGCCUACAUGUCAUCACGGGCACUACGGAGGGCUCGCUCGCUGACCGCUGUAAGAAAAUCCAUGCCGGGGAUGAGGUCAUACAGGUCAAUCAUCAGACAGUGGUGGGCUGGCAGCUAAAGAACCUGGUGAACUCUUUAAGGAGCAACCCUGCGGGUGUGACCCUGACACUGAAGAAGCGGCCCCAGAGCACACUGACGUCGGCCCCAGCCUUACUCAAGAACAUGAGGUGGAAGCCCCUCGCCCUGCAGCCCAUCAUCCCCCCAAGCCCCAGCAGCAGCGUGGCCACACCGUCCAGCACCCUGAGCACCCCAUCCAGACGGGACAGCUGCGCUCUACAGGACCUCUACAUCCCCCCUCCACCAGAUGAACCGUACACACCCAGAGAUGACGUAGGAAAUCUGACCAGCAAUUGUCAGCAGGCCGCCAAAGGAUCUGAUUCACCCAACUCAUUUCUGGACCAGGAGUGCCGGAGGCGGUUCCCCCUGCUGGAUGAGGAUGCCGUGCUGUACUGUUAUGAGUACGAUCAGACUCAGGGUCCUCCACCUGUGCGCAGAGACAGCACUCCCACAUAUGGACGACUGAGGCCCAUCUCCAUGCCUGUGGAAUAUAACUGGGUUGGAGACUAUGAAGAUCCAGCCAAGCUGAAAAAAGAGAUCAGAAGAGAAAACUCCCUGCUGCGGUAUGUGAGUGAGGAUAAGACGGAGGAGUUUCACACUGGACGUCGCAGCAGUCGCCGCAGUAGAAGGAAGAGUGAGAAAGGAGGAAGCCCCGCCCACUAUGCUCUAGUCCCCACCCUCCAGAUGGACAUGCUGCCACCAGACUCACUGGCCACACCCACUUCUGAAACCUCAUCUGUUUAUCUCACAUUCGACCGGUCGUCCGUGCUCUCCAGGUCAAAGAAAAACAAGUUAAGAGCCGGGUCUUUGCCCUCCAUCAGUAAGAGGAGAAUCUCCUGCAGGGAUUUGGGUCAGGGAGACUGUGAAGGCUGGCUCUGGAAGAAGAAGGACGCCAAGAGCUACUUCUCUCAGAAGUGGAAAAAGUACUGGGUGGUGCUGAAAGAUGCCUGCCUGUACUGGUACACCAAUGAAGAGGAUGAGAAGGCUGAGGGCUUCGUCAGCCUGCCAGAGUUCAACAUUGAUCAGGCCAGUGAAUGUCGCAAGAAGUUUGCUUUUAAGGCCUGCCAUCCUAAAAUCAAGAGCUUCUACUUCGCUGCAGACAACGUUGAGGAUAUGAACAGGUGGCUCAGCCUGAUGAACAUGGCAGCGGCGGCGCACUCAGAGCAGAAGAGGAUUCGACAGGAUCAUGACUACUGGAGCGAGAGCGAUCAUGAGGACGGCGAUCACAUCAGCUCAACAACCAAACAGGAUAGUCCUCCACCUCCCUACGACACCUACCCCCAUCCCACCUCCACGCAAAUCAGUCCCGUGAGUCCGUUUCAGGACUCCCAGCACAUCCGUCCUCCAUCCACUGAGACGGUCCAGUCCCGCUCUCCUCUCUCUGAGACACAAGGGGGCAGUGUGAGCAGUGCUAGCUCCCCGGGUCGCAAGUCUGCCAGCCAGCGGCGUUCAUGGCAGGACCUCAUCGAGACGCCCCUAACCAGCUCCGGCCUCCAUUUCCUGCAGACUCUGCCUCUGGAUGACUCCGUGUUCGUGGACUCCAACAGAACCGUACCUGUCGAGCUCCGGCGCCAGUCCACACUCCCUGCCCAACACGGGAUGCCCACUGAACACUUCAUCCCACCCACUACGCCCACCCAGCCCAGCCCAAAACCCAUCCCUGCUUUAGGAAGAGGUGAAACCAUGGACGGAGGUGGAAUAGGGAGCAAACACCGCAGUUUCACACUGCCCCGGGACAGUGGUCUUCACGCUAUUCUGGCUGCCAGCAGUGCGGCUGAACAUGGAGAUGCCCAGCGAUACCACCUGGGCCACGUCCAUUCCAGAGACACAGGUGGAGAGCGGGAGCGCAGGCAUCAGGCAGACUCAUUGGUAGAUUUGUACAGAGCUCUGGAGAGGAGCAGUCUGUCACCGGUCAAUGAGCACAGAUCCUCUUCUCGAUUAGAGUACAAGAGAUCAUUCGUCCGUCGCUGCAAUGAUCCUUUACUCAACGAGAAGCUGCACCGCCUGCGAAUCCUGCAAAACUCAUUUAAGGACAUUCCUCUUCAAGAGGCAGAGACUAAGAUCAUCCACCGGGACGUUUAGCCAGAGACACAACAGGACACAGCGGGACACAAGCACCAGUCAUUUCAGCCAUAUUUACUAAAAAAGAAAAUCUCUCUUUCCCUGGAGGCUUCAGUCGCUUUAUCAAACAUCUCUUUGACUCUGUUGCAGCGUUCACGCAUUUCCUCUUGUUGCUUUAUGUUAUUGCACAUGCUGAUUAUUUUCUGUGUACAGUUCUUUUUUCUUUUUGAAUAUUAUUUGUUUGUAAUAAUGACUUCAGCCUCCAUCUGCGGCCAAAUAACUGCACUUCCGAAGAACCCUUCCUACGUGACUGAAGAAAUAAAUAAAUAAAUAAAGGAAACAGGGAAAGAUUGAAACUAUUGAUAUAGAAACUAUUUUGUUCUAAAUCUGAUUUGCAUGGCCGUCGUCUGGUUAAUAGAUUUUCUGUCUGUGCCGUGUCUUAACUGAGAGUGUUGAUUCACUGAAACUAACAUCUUUCAAUGGUAAAUGUUACGAUCGACAGGAUUGCAUUGACUGCGUGCGUGUGUGUGUGUGUGUGUGUGCGGAUGUGUGUUAAAAGCCUCAGUUCGUUGUAUAUUAUGUAUGUUGUAAUAUUCUGACCGUUUGCACCCUAGCAGCAAGGUUCUUGCAAUAAUGUUGAACUAAAACGAUUAAUUAGUUUAACACUGUCUAUUUUUGUAAGCAUGAUAUUUAUUGAGAUGUUUGUACAUUGUUUUGUAUGCUCAACCAUGUGUUAUCUGAAGAUAACUGCAAGUGUAAAUCCCUUUUAAUGUGUUCCUGAAAGCUCUAACUUUUCAUGUGGAAGCACCAGUGCCGUAGUAUCUCCAAAAAAGUAAUUUUCUCAAUAAAUUGUUUGAUGUUUUGACAGUAUUUUAAA